GGUUCUCUCAAUCUGCUUUCAGCCUUCAACGUUCAACUGCACCGCUACUUGAAGACACCUUCCUUCCUUCCUUGCCUUGCAAGAUCUUGGACUCUUUAUGACAAACCGAUGGGAUCUUACUGGCAGACGAUAGCUUCGUCUCCCGUACCAUCUUCGGUGCUCGCGAUUUUGCUCUUGACGGCAGUGUUAACGGUCAAAAACGCGACUUACCUCCAACGUUUCCUUCUUUUCACGCUUAUAUCUCUCCUCAUCGCUCACACAAUCACUUCUACCACAAGUGCUGGUGCCGUCUUCGUUGACUGGACUAUCGGACAUAUGCUAAUCCAUAUGUUACUAAUGGCCUCCGAUUUUCUCGUUCUCUCUCAAGACCCUCAUGCAGAAUUUCUUCCAGUACGAGAAAACGAAAGCCAGCGGAGUAAAUGGGGGGAUAGGUCACUAUGGUCGAGGCUGAAAUGGGCUUUAUCCUUGAUGCUCAAUACUCGAUGCAUUGGAUGGACGCACGAACCUCGAAAAGGGAUUCUACCCGCUCCUCGAGUGUUUCGGCCACGAAGACAACGCAUUCUCCUUACAUCCCUUCAAGUAUUGCAAUUCUUCGUAUUGAUGUUACUCAACGACGUCUUGAUCAAACUCAAUCCCGCCUUCCGAUUCGGAAGCCCUGGCGUCAGUUCCUCUGGAAUGUCUUGGCACCUACUGGCUUGCUUAAGUGGUGGGCUGAUUGUAUACGCACCUUUCAGUAUCGGGCAUGCAAUAUGGGAGCUUAUCUGUGUUGGAAUUUUCGGGAUGGACAAGCCGGGUGAAUGGUGUCCGCUGUUUGGAGAUAUAGGAGAGGCGUGGACCGUCACUCGGUUUUGGGGUGUUACGUGGCAUCAGACGAUGCGCCGUUCUUUCGGUUCUCAUGCGCGUUUUUUGGCUCACCGUAUGAUGCGACUACGUCAAGGAUCCUUUAUGAAUCGAUUAAUCCAAACCCUCGUGGCGUUCUUUCUCUCGGGAGUCAUGCACCAGACUGGUGAAUACAUGGUCGCUCGUGAGCAUGGACAUGGUUGGUGGAAUGAAGGCGGAGGUAGCUUCAGAUUCUUCAUGUUGCAACCCCUAGCAAUUGUGUUAGAACACUGUUUACUAGGAGGGAAGGUCUCGAAACCGAGCAUAGGGUGGAGAAUUUUUGGAUAUCUAUGGGUUCUGUUAUGGUUCAGUCUGACUGUACCGGUAUGGUUGAAUGGAGCAGUAAGAGUCGGGCUGAUGGAUCAGAGGGUUGGGUUGGUAUUUCCACGAUCUUUCAAUGUGUUACCGGGAGGAUGGGAUCAGUAUCGGUAGACGAAAUCACUUUCACGAUUUUUGGGUCUCAAUAGUAAAUAGAAGAACUACACUU